AUGGAUGAGAGAAAUGAUAGUAGUGAAAAGUUGGAUGAAGUGAUGUUGCCAGGGUUCAGGUUUCAUCCAACAGAUGAAGAACUUGUAGGGUUUUAUCUAAGAAGGAAGAUACAGCAGCGACCUCUUUCCAUUGAACUUAUCAAGCAACUUGACAUCUAUAAAUAUGAUCCAUGGGAUCUUCCAAAGUUAGCAACAACUGGAGAAAAAGAAUGGUAUUUUUAUUGUCCAAGGGACCGAAAAUAUAGAAACAGUGCACGGCCGAAUAGAGUAACUGGAGCUGGAUUCUGGAAGGCGACGGGCACUGACAGGCCUAUCUACUCCUCUGAAGGUUCCAAGUGCAUUGGCCUAAAGAAAUCCCUAGUUUUCUACAGGGGUAGAGCUGCAAAAGGGAUAAAGACUGACUGGAUGAUGCAUGAGUUUAGGUUACCUUCACUUAGUGACACAGGACCAUCCAAGAGAUACAUGGACAAGAAUAAUAUUCCAGCUAAUGACGCAUGGGCAAUUUGCAGGAUAUUCAAGAAAGCAAACUCAAAUGCGCAAAGGGCUCUUUCUCAUUCUUGGAUCUCUCCUGUACCUCAAACAACUCCUACUACUAUAACAUCUGACUUUCUAACUCAAAAUGUUUACGGUACUAGCAAUUUCAGCUCAAGUAACAUGUCAUUAACAACCAAAACAAGUUCAGUAAUCCAGUUUGGAGAUAGUAACAGUGAUUUACAACAAUCAUCAAUUGCUAGUACUUUUUCUCCACUAGAUACUUCUCCCUAUAAAUCCAUCGUCAACCAAAUGAGCAGCAACAUUGAACCAUCUCAGAUUUCUGUUUCAAAAUGUGUCCCUCCGACCUCCACAUUUCCAACCAUCCCAAUCCCAACAUCUGAACCCUUAAAAUACACUAUUGACGCUUCUUCCUUGCUACUAAACAUGUCCUCCUCCAUGUUUGGCGAUUUUGAUGAUAAAGUGUCACAAGAUCAGUACUUCCACAACUUCUCAAUCACAGUGCCUGAUCAGGUUACUAGAAGAAAUGCUAAUCAUGAUGAUCAAGAGGAGACAGCAUUGGUGAAUGAUCCCAAUGUAGCACAAAGGGAUCAACUCUGGGGGACGAUGCAAUCCGUUGGAUAUCCCUUCAACUUCCCGUUGAAUAUGGGAGAUGCAUGGAAGUCGAACUUGUUCUGGGAUUCUUCACCUUGCCCUAGUAGUGAUAUGUCCACUAAUUUUUCGACCAACAAGUGUUAUACUUAA